CGAGGAAGACUUCACGAGUCCAGUUGACGAUGACUUGCUAUGUUUAAUUUGUCAACUACCCUUGCGAGAGCCAGUUUUGACGAGAUGUGGUCACAGAUUUUGUCGGCAGUGCCUCGAGAAACACAUGGCAAGCCAAGAAAGCCAGCAGAAAGAGUGUAGUUGUCCUGUUGACAGAGAGGAACUUGACCGCCAAAAGGACAUAUUUCCCGACAAAGCCACCGGAAGGAAGAUUCUCUCGUUUACCAUAAAAUGCUCCAGCGAUUGCUGCGAGUGGACUGGUGAACUGAGGGAGAAAGAGCAUCAUCUAGCGUCUUGCAGUUUCAAAAUUGUUUCUUGCACCAACGAAAAAUGUCAAGUGACGAUUCAAAGGAAGGAACUUGAAGAGCACGUGACAAACUCGUGCCAGUGGAGGAUUGUAGUUUGUGAUCACUGUAAUAAGUCGCACCCAAAGUGCGUGAUUCAAGAUCACGUUGAAAAGUGUGAGAAGAAGCCCGUGGAAUGCCCAAAUAACUGUGGUGAAAUUAUUGUUCAAGAAGAGAUUGCACGUCAUACUAACGACAGCUGUCCGCUGUCCAUGGUUUCCUGUCCACAUGCUCAGAUGGGCUGCAAUGCAAAGGUAAUAUGAAGUAAUUUGAGAUGGAAAUAUUAGUUCCGUGUGUAAUAAUGCAACGUAUUGCCUAUCGGAAUCUAUUUGUCAAUCACGAAGUGUAUGAUUUAUAAGGGUUUGUAACAGUAACUGGACGGACUCAG